AUGUGUCGGCUGAACCUCGAUCGCUCUCUCAUGGUCCCUCCUCGUCCUCCACGACUCCCAACCGACGAACUGGCUAGGCCAUUUGAUCCACGUCUUUCACCUUCCUAUACUCUACCACCGCCUUACAUACUACCGUCCCCUUCCUUCAUGGACACGGGUGUCUGCAAUCAAAUCUCAACUUGUAUCCGCAAUACCGAAAACCCCUAUUCAGUCUCCAUCUCACCAAACCUGGUUGGUCAACUUGCCAGGCAAUCAACCAGGUUACGGCCAGGUCGGCCUCCUAAUACGACUUGCCCAGGUAGUGGUACAUCAACCCCAGUGCUUAGGAUGAGGGCGGAAGACUUUGAGCUCAACCGGGACCGAAACCGGGACGCCGAACAAAACAAAUGGUGGCACUGGUCAAGACCGUGUAAGAAAACUGGAGAUGCGAAUCAUUCCGCGUACUCUCCAGUGAGGUGUGAAGACCUUGAAGUGGAUGAUGAGGAUGGCAUUGUUACAAAAUGUGCGAUAGUUUGUCCUUUAGAUGGAGAAUUCACGCAUCCUAAUGAUAAGUCAAAAUGGCGAGUGAAAAACGGAUUAUGA